CGAAAAACUUAUAGGACACACUGACGUCGCCUUCUCAGCAUCGGUGUCGCCGCGUUGUGGACUGCAGUUUAAAUGAGCCACGAUAGAGAACGGGCCGGGCCAUCGUGAAGAAAAAAAAUAUUUAAAAAAAAAAUUGAAUAAAUUUUCACCAUUAAGAAGUAGAGGAAAAAGGAGGCAUAGGAAAAUUUAUUUGGUAAAUUCGAAGACGAUUUGUGGAACAAUUUUUUAUUGGAAUUAAGUUAAUGGUGAAGAAAGACUUCCUGAAUCUAUUUAGACUACCACCCAAAUUGGAUAUUUGACUUGUUUUAUGUGAAAAUUGAUUUGUGAAAGAAGAUUGUGUGAAGUUCGAGGAAGAAGAAAGAUAUUUUAAUCGGAAAAACGAAAGGAUAAAAAAAAACUAGUGAAAAGGACGAGAAAGACGAGUUUUCUGUUUUAAUGCAAAAAAGGAAAAUUAUCAGCUUACUAACAAGGAUUUUCAUUUUUGAUUAAAGUUUUCAGGAAAAUCGCUUGUCAACUCAUUAGGUUAAGAAAAGAGAAAAGAAAAUUCUUUUCCUGCUAAAUUGCUGCCACUUUCGUGUCACUUUAGAUGCUUUUUAUAAAUCUAAUUUCCGUCGAAAGAGUAAAAAGCACCAAACGAUAAAAUAAAAAAUAAAAAAAUUUGUGUGCGACAUGAAAAACCACUUCGGUCACUAUUUCUCUAUAACAAAGGAGUUGCUUGUAGGGAGCUAAUUAUUGUUACAAAUAAAUGAAGGAAAAAAGUGGUGCUUAGUUGCUGGUGUGUAAUACAUAAUUUAUUUGAUUUUAUUUGUCGAAAGGACAGUGUAGCAGAGGUGAAGUAAAUUUUUCGGAAUAUUUUUCUUUUUCGUUUUGUGUAUUACUCAGCAUUCUAGUGUAUAUGUACAUACAUACGUGCGUGUGAGUGUGAAUAGUUUUAAACGAUUCUAAGGAUAUAAUAAAUAAAGAAACGGAAAUAACACCCAAAACUUACAAAGCGAAAGAAGAAAAAAGCUUCUCGACGAGUUACUGCAAAGGAAUAUCAAUUUUUCGUUUCCUCCGGGUUGCUUUUGUUUUUGCACACUGUUUGUGUGUUCGACCCACCCAAAAACAUUGUGCUUCGAUCACCGAUCCAACGAAAAUUUCAACAAAAGGACGGCGUCAUUUAAUCAUUAUGCCUCGGAUAUAGGUUUAAUCAGAUUCCAGCCGUAUCCAUGUGCCCCAUGGCGGUCAUGAGCAAUCUCGAUUUUACACGGAUUGUUAAGGGCCCCAGUUGCUGUUUAGCUGUUGCGAUCAUCUUCGCUUCGAUCCUGUUUCCAUUUAGAACGACAGGACGGCUUACCGUCCGAGUUAGCUCGUGGGGGCCGAGCCAGCAGUUGGUCGCACAACGAAGUGCGGACCUGUUUCGAGCCCCUUCACUACAUCAUUGUUAGCAGGCCUUGGCAGUCUGAGGCUCUUCAUCGUUGGCCAAAUAGACAAUGAUUGACGAUUUAAGCUCGAUAUCUGAGGAAGAACGCUGCUUGUUCCGUCCCUUCACCCGCGACUCAUUAGUUGUAAUACAAGCCCGAAUUGCCGAGGAAGUACGUAAAUUUAAGGAGCUAGAAAAAAAGAGAGCCGAAGGAGAUGUUCCGCAAUAUGGGCGAAAGAAAAAGCAAAAAGAUAUCCGAUAUGAUGACGAUGAUGACGAUGAAGGUCCACAACCGGAUCCUGCACUUGAACAGGGCGCACCGAUACCUGUUCGAAUGCAGUCUGGCUUCCCGCCGGAAUUGGCCUCCACACCUCUCGAGGAUAUCGACAAUUUUUAUUCAAAUCAACUGACAUUCGUAGUAGUUAGCAAAGGAAAGGAUAUAUUUCGUUUUUCCGCUUCAAAAGCAUGUUAUUUACUCGAUCCGUUCAAUCCAAUUCGUCGUGUAGCUAUUUCUAUUUUGGUACAUCCAUGGUUUUCAUUUUUUAUAAUAGUAACGAUUCUUACAAAUUGUAUAUUGAUGAUAAUGCCGUCAUCGCCAACCGUCGAAUCCACUGAGGUGAUAUUCACCGGAAUCUACACAUUUGAAUCAGCUGUUAAAGUGAUGGCUCGAGGUUUCAUUUUAUGUCCGUUUACGUAUCUUAGAGAUGCAUGGAAUUGGCUGGACUUCGUAGUAAUAGCAUUAGCCUAUGUGACGAUGGGUAUCGACUUGGGCAACUUGGCAGCUCUGAGAACGUUUCGUGUACUCCGAGCGCUGAAAACCGUGGCCAUCGUACCAGGCCUGAAAACCAUUGUCGGCGCUGUCAUCGAGUCUGUAAAAAAUCUUCGAGAUGUGAUAAUUUUAACUAUGUUUUCGUUGUCCGUAUUCGCUCUGAUGGGCCUACAAAUCUACAUGGGUGUGUUAACACAGAAAUGUGUUCGAAGAUUUCCACUGGACGGCUCAUGGGGUAAUUUAACCGAUGAGAAUUGGUCAGCCUUUAUGAAAAAUGAAAGUAAUUGGUACAAAACGGAAACUGGUGAUAUGCCAGUGUGUGGGAAUUCAUCUGGUGCUGGACAGUGUGACGAAGGUUAUAUGUGUCUGCAGGGUUUCGGUCCAAACCCAAACUAUGGAUAUACAAGCUUCGAUACCUUUGGUUGGGCUUUCUUAUCCGCUUUUAGACUGAUGACCCAGGAUUACUGGGAAAAUUUAUACCAAUUAGUUCUUCGCUCAGCUGGUCCAUGGCACAUGCUGUUUUUUAUCGUUAUCAUCUUUUUAGGAUCAUUUUAUCUUGUCAAUUUGAUUUUGGCUAUUGUAGCUAUGUCGUACGACGAACUCCAAAAGAAAGCGGAAGAGGAAGAGGCUGCUGAAUCGGAAGCAAUAAAGGAAGCGGAAGAGGCAGCUGCAGCCAAAGCAGCAAGACAGGAAGCUGCUCAAGCUGCACAGGCUCAGGCGGCCCAUGCACUGGAAACAAACAAUGAACAGAGUAAUAUGCAAAAUAUGGCCAAAAGUCCAUCCGACAUAUCGUGCCUCAGCUAUGAACUGUUUGUGGGCCAAGAGAAAGGGAAUGACGAUAACAACAAGGAGAAAAUGUCCAUCCGGAGCGAAGGAUUGGAGUCGGUGAGCGAAAUGCAAAGACCAGCACCAUAUGCUAUUGCAUCUGGCACAAAUGCAGCCAAAGUUCGAAAAGUGAGCGCGGCAUCGCUGUCCUUGCCAGGAUCUCCAUUUAACCUACGAAGAGGUUCACGUGGUUCUCACCAGUUUACGAUACGAAACGGUAGAGGACGUUUUGGUAUACCGGGUAGCGAUCGAAAGCCACUCGUAUUAUCAACAUACUUGGACGCACAAGAGCAUUUGCCAUACGCGGACGAUUCUAAUGCCGUAACUCCGAUGUCCGAAGAAAAUGGCGCCAUUAUAGUUCCAGUUUAUUACGCUAAUUUAGCAGGUUCAAGACAUUCUUCAUACACAUCACAUCAAUCUCGUAUAUCAUACACAUCACAUGGUGAUCUUUUGGGAACAAAAGAACAAAAACUUAGAAGUAGAUCGUCCAGAAAUCAAUCAGUGGUUCCAACGAAUGGAAAUCAUUAUGUUGAUGCAAAUCAUAAAGGUCACCGUGACUUCGAAGGAUCGGUUGACUGCACAGAUGAAGCGGGGAAAGUUAAACAAAACGACAAUCCAUUUAUUAAUGAACCCGUCCAUGGACAAACUGUUGUCGAUAUGAAAGAUGUGAUGGUACUCAACGAUAUUAUUGAACAGGCCGCAGGCAGACACAGUGGUGCUAGCGAGCACGGAGUUUCUGUCUACUAUUUUCCAACAGAAGAUGACGAUGAAGAUGGUCCAACGUUUAAAGAUAAAGCAAAGGAAUUUACAAUGCGUAUGAUCGAUGUGUUCUGUGUGUGGGAUUGCUGUUGGGUAUGGUUAAAGUUUCAAGAAUGGGUGGCUUUAUUGGUGUUUGAUCCGUUCGUUGAAUUGUUCAUCACAUUGUGUAUUGUGGUGAAUACAUUGUUCAUGGCAUUAGAUCAUCACGAUAUGGACAAGGACAUGGAGAGAGCACUGAAAAGUGGCAAUUAUUUUUUCACCGCAACAUUCGCCAUCGAAGCCACAUUGAAAUUGAUAGCGAUGAGUCCAAAGUUUUACUUUCAAGUUGGAUGGAACAUUUUUGAUUUUAUUAUCGUCGCCCUGUCGUUGGUCGAACUCGGUUUGGAAGGCGUUCAAGGACUGUCUGUGUUGCGUUCAUUUCGUUUGCUUCGAGUAUUCAAAUUGGCAAAAUCUUGGCCCACUUUAAAUUUGCUGAUUUCUAUUAUGGGACGGACAAUGGGUGCAUUGGGUAAUCUAACCUUUGUAUUGUGUAUUAUUAUCUUCAUCUUUGCCGUUAUGGGAAUGCAAUUGUUUGGAAAGAAUUAUGUUGAUAAUGUGGAUCGCUUUCCGGACGGCGAUUUACCCCGAUGGAAUUUUACCGAUUUUAUGCAUUCGUUCAUGAUCGUUUUUCGUGUAUUAUGCGGGGAAUGGAUUGAAUCGAUGUGGGAUUGUAUGUUAGUUGGCGAUGUAUCCUGUAUUCCAUUUUUCUUAGCAACGGUAGUCAUAGGAAAUUUGGUUGUACUUAAUCUUUUUCUGGCCUUGCUUUUGUCCAAUUUCGGUUCGUCUAAUUUAUCGCAAACAAAUGCUGACAAUGACACGAAUAAAAUUGCGGAGGCUUUUAAUCGUAUCGGACGAUUUAAGAGUUGGAUCAAAACAAGUGUCGCCAAUGGAUUUAAGUUUUUGCGGAACAAACUGACGAAUCAAAUAUCGGAUCAGCCGCCAGGUGAGAGGACCAAUUACAUCAGUUGGAUUUGGAACGAAGGCAAGAGGGUAUUUCGUUGUAUGUCUGCAGAACACGGUGAUAAUGAGCUCGAGUUAGGACCCGACGAGCUGCUGGUGGACGGACUGAUCAAAAAGGGCAUCAAAGAUCAAAGCCAGUUGGAGGUGGCCAUUGGUGAUGGAAUGGAAUUUACGAUACACGGUGAUAUCAAAGGAAAGAAGGGCAAAACGCUUCUAAACAAUGCAAAGUUGAUCGGAAAUUCCAUAAAUCAUCAGGACAAUCGACUAGAACACGAGCUGAACCAUCGGGGGAUGUCAUUACAGGACGAUGAUACCGCCAGUAUAAAAUCGUAUGGCAGCCACAAGAACAGACCAUUCAAAGACGAAAGUCAUAAAGGCAGUGCCGAAACAAUGGAAGGUGAAGAGAAACGCGACGUUAGCAAAGAAGACUUAGGAAUAGACGAAGAUGAAGAAGGUGAAGGCGAAGAGCCACUGGGCAUGGAAGCCCAUAUAAUACAUGCCGAAGAAGGAGAUGUCAUCGAUGACAGUCCUUCGGACUGUUUUCCGGAUCAAUUUUAUAAAAAAUUUCCAGUUUUUGCUGGUGACGAAGAUUCACCGUUUUGGCAAGGAUGGGGAAAUCUUAGGCUAAAAACUUUUCAAUUAAUCGAAAAUAAGUAUUUCGAAACAGCUGUUAUCACAAUGAUUUUGCUCAGUAGUCUAGCCCUGGCUCUUGAAGACGUUCACUUACCCCAUCGACCAAUUCUUCAGGACAUCCUCUAUUAUAUGGACCGAAUAUUUACGGUGAUAUUUUUCAUAGAAAUGUUAAUCAAAUGGUUGGCUCUUGGCUUCAAAGUGUACUUCACAAACGCUUGGUGUUGGCUUGAUUUCGUCAUUGUCAUGUUGUCGUUAGUAAAUUUGGGAGCAAUAUGGGCUGGUGCUGCUGAUAUACCAGCAUUCCGCUCGAUGCGAACACUUCGCGCCCUACGGCCACUACGAGCUGUGUCUCGUUGGGAGGGUAUGAGAGUCGUCGUAAAUGCGCUGGUUCAGGCUAUACCGUCCAUCUUCAAUGUAUUGCUGGUGUGCUUAAUAUUCUGGCUUAUAUUUGCCAUUAUGGGAGUGCAGCUUUUUGCCGGCAAAUACCAUAAGUGUGUUGAUACCAACAAAACAACAAUAAGCCACGAGAUCAUACCCGAUCGAAACGCUUGCGAUGCUGAAAAUUACACAUGGGAAAAUUCACCAAUGAAUUUCGAUCAUGUGGGUAAAGCGUAUUUGUGCCUAUUUCAAGUAGCUACAUUUAAAGGUUGGAUCCAAAUCAUGAACGAUGCCAUUGAUUCACGAGAGAUCGACAAGCAACCAAUUAGAGAAACGAACAUUUACAUGUACCUUUAUUUCGUAUUUUUCAUCAUUUUCGGUUCAUUUUUCACACUGAACCUGUUCAUUGGUGUGAUCAUCGAUAAUUUUAAUGAACAAAAGAAGAAAGCUGGUGGAUCACUGGAAAUGUUCAUGACAGAAGAUCAGAAGAAGUACUACAAUGCCAUGAAGAAAAUGGGUUCGAAGAAACCGCUUAAAGCAAUACCUCGGCCACGGUGGCGACCACAAGCAAUAGUUUUCGAAAUAGUAACCGAUAAAAAAUUCGACAUGAUCAUCAUGUUGUUCAUCGGAUUCAACAUGUUGACCAUGACCUUAGAUCACUACCAACAAUCGGAAACAUUUAGUAGUGUGCUAGACUAUCUGAACAUGAUUUUCAUUUGUAUAUUUAGUUCCGAAUGUUUGAUGAAAGUAUUCGCCCUUCGAUAUCAUUAUUUUGUGGAGCCGUGGAAUUUGUUUGACUUUGUGGUAGUAAUAUUGUCCAUCUUAGGUCUUGUACUAAGUGAUCUCAUCGAAAAAUAUUUUGUAUCGCCAACAUUACUUCGUGUAGUUCGUGUAGCUAAAGUAGGUCGCGUUUUACGUUUGGUUAAAGGUGCUAAAGGUAUUCGUACGCUGCUCUUUGCCUUGGCUAUGUCCCUGCCAGCCUUAUUCAACAUUUGUCUGCUUCUUUUCCUUGUGAUGUUUAUAUUUGCCAUAUUCGGGAUGUCAUUUUUUAUGCAUGUCAAAGACAAGAGUGGAUUGGACGAUGUAUAUAAUUUCAAAACAUUUGGUCAGAGCAUGAUAUUGCUCUUUCAGAUGUCUACCUCAGCGGGUUGGGAUGGCGUAUUGGACGGUAUUAUCAAUGAAGAAGACUGCCUGCCACCAGACAACGACCAAGGAUAUCCAGGCAAUUGCGGGUCAGCCACCAUUGGCAUUACGUAUAUUUUGUCAUAUCUAGUUAUAAGUUUCCUGAUCGUUAUCAACAUGUACAUUGCCGUCAUUUUGGAGAAUUAUUCGCAAGCUACAGAAGAUGUGCAGGAGGGUCUCACCGACGACGACUACGACAUGUACUACGAAAUAUGGCAACAAUUCGAUCCGGAAGGAACGCAAUACAUUCGUUACGAUCAAUUAUCCGAUUUUCUUGACGUACUCGAACCACCGCUACAAAUUCACAAGCCAAAUAAAUACAAAAUCAUUACGAUGGAUAUACCAAUAUGUCGCGGUGAUAUGAUGUUUUGCGUGGACAUAUUGGACGCAUUGACCAAGGAUUUCUUUGCCCGCAAAGGCAAUCCAAUCGAAGAUCCGGGUGAAAUGGGUGAGGUUGCUGCACGGCCCGACGAAGAAGGCUACGAGCCGGUAUCGUCGACGCUGUGGCGACAACGAGAAGAAUAUUGUGCCCGAUUAAUACAAAUCGCUUGGCGCAAGCAUAAACUACAUAAAGACGAUCCAGAUGGCACUACGGGCGAUGAAACCGAUGGUGCUGGCGGCGGUGGUGAUUGUGGCGACGAUCCCAGUUCGCCGAAAGAUCACGAAAAUGGAAGUCUCGGUAGACAGACGGCUGUUUUAGUGGAAAGCGAUGGAUUUGUGACGAAAAACGGACAUCGCGUUGUGAUACAUUCCCGGUCACCGAGCAUAACGUCACGUUCGGCAGAUGUCUGAGCCAGGCCUCGUCCCCCUCUCUCCGAAGCACGACAGAAAUAAAUUUCAGUUGAGAACAACGUAAAUGAAAUUCUUCAAAGAACACAAGGAGAUUACAACAAAAAUCAAUUGACAAAACCUUUUUCUUCGCCGCGAUAAUUGUUGACGAUUUUUCGACGCAAAAAUGUUUUUUCGUUUCGUCUUUUUAUCGGUUUUUAAAUAUUUUUUUCUUAUUUUGUCGACAAGUACAAAGCACAAAUUUUUUUGCGAAAAAUCGUUACAAUGUGAAGAAAAGAAAAUAGAGAGAACCGAAUGAAUGAAUGAAAAGGAACAAAGAAAAAAACUUACAUUGAGAAUAAAGAAAAUCUAAAUUGGAAAGCCGACUGCCAUUAAUUAAUUUAACCUAAAAACCAAAAAAGUGUCACGAGAUAAACAAAACUAAAAAUUUGAGAAAAAAAACCCAAAUUGAAAACUUUAAGUGAAACAACAAUAUAACAACAACAACAAUGAAAAAUUGUGUGAAAACGAAUAGUGAAAAUUAUAAAUAAAGACGUUCGAAUCAAUCAGCAGCAACCUCAGAUAGAACAGCGGGAACUAACAUUUUUGGAUUUCAAUUUAACGAACACGACAAGUUGAAAGUUUAAAAACAGAAAGCGAAAAGAAAAUUUAAAUGAAUAUUAACAAGCUACUCCAACGUCCUCAUCAAAAAUAUCUGAAGCAAAAAAGAAAUAAAAUAAAAAAAAUAUUUUACAAAAAUCCAAAGAGGAUAAAAAAUGAUAUCAUGUGAUAGUUAGAAAUGUAAAAUAAUUGAAAUUUAAACUAAAAAAAAUUAAAACAAAAAAAUUUUUGCGAUGUGAUUCUUAUUCAUUUAAAUUUAAAAAUAAAAUAUUGGAAAAUAAACCAAGUGUGGAUUAAAGAAAACUGAUGCUUUACAAUGCAAAUUCUGAGUGUUUAAUGUGCGCGCUUUUUUGUAAAACGAGUAAAAGAAAUAAAAAUAAAGUUUUUCUACUUAAACAAACAUUAGGUGUAAAAUCGCCGAUCUAGCGUCGAAUCAACCAAUCUUCAAAAAAAA